AUGAAGUGUUCGAAUUUAUACUUUCCCCAACUACUAUUUCAAAUCAAGGUUCGCACAUCUGAUGGGAAACGCCGCAUCCAACCGAUUUUCCUAGGAUCGACUGUCGAUGAUGAACCGGCUCCGGCGCCUCCCCCACCACCUGUGCAGGCGAAGGCUCAAGCUUCGAAUCAAGCCGACGAACCAAUGCCGUCGGAUUCUGAUGACGCUGGCACACGGGAUAAGUCACCUUCAAAAUCACUGGCUCGACUGGCGUCGACUGACGACUCGAUGGUGGAAAGCACGGAUGAUGAUGUGGAUUCAUCGGAUGUUGAUGCUGGAGCGAAAGCAGACAAAGAAGCAGCUAACCUGGAAGAGCUAAGCAAGAGGACGAAAAUGAUGAUGGCAGAUUUCAAGAAACCCAUUCUUCGUCCGGUGGAUUCUAUACGAAUCGAUGUGACGCAAGCAAAUGCUGUUUUGGAAGUACCAGAACAACGAGCGACAAUCAGUGAAGGAGUACAGGGGGUUUUGGGAGACACUAUUGAAGUAGACAACGACUGGGUGAUGGGCGGUGUGCGAGCUAGCCAUGUUUCCUACCUUCAUUCCCGCGCAACAGUCUGGAGUGUCGAAAUCGCCCCCACUGUUGCUGUGGUCGUGGCAAAUCGGUUUUGGACGAUUCUCGGAUGCUACGAUCGCAGUAUUUUCGUGUACUCAAGCACAAAUGGCAAAGUACAUUUUCGUAAUCAGCUCGAUUCGGCUCCAGUUCGUAUGGGAAUCAAUGGCCACAAG